AUGGCGAAAUUUACUGUUUCACAAAUCAAGGAGCUGUUAGAGUUGCAUGAAAGUACACUGUUGAAAAUAUUUAAUGAUAAGUUUGAAAAAAUAGAGAACAAGCUCAUUAGUAUGCAAGUAGAAAAUACAACUUUAAAAAAUGAAAUCAGCGAAUUAAAGAAGUCUGCUGAGUUUAUAAAUGAAAAAUACGAAAAAAUUUUAAACGAAGUGAAUGAUUCUAAAAACGAUAAUAUAAUUAAAGACAAACUAGCAGAAUUGGAGGACCGCAGUCGGCGAAACAACUUAAGAUUCAAUGGGAUCCAAGAAAGUGAAAAUGAAACUUCGGAAGAAAGCGAAAAAAAUAUACACGAACUAUUAAAUUCAAGACUUGGUAUUAAUAACAAUAUAAUAAUUGAAAGAGCACAUAGAACUGGAAAACUUGAUUAUGGUGGAAAAAUGAAAAACAGAACUAUAGUUGUCAAAUUCUUAAACUAUAAAGAUUAA